UUGUGAUUCACCCAGGAUCUGGGAAAUCACAGAUUUAUGUUGUCCAUGAAGAGCUUGAUAAGCCACAAAAUGUGAUGAUUGCAAUUAUUUAGCUGCUGACUAUGCUGCAGUGCACCUUUUGUUACCCGUGAAAAUUUUUACUUGAGGUAGCGUGUGAAAUAGUCAUGUGAAGACAUGAAUGUAUGCAAGCUACCAUUCGUCAGAAAAGGGGAAGAUUAGUCAUAUAUUUAGCAGUCACUUCCCCUUUUUUUGGGAAAUCCAAACACAUAUUUUCUCUCUGUGUCUGUCUCUGUUUCACUUAUCCUCACUCUACGGAAGGAAAGAAAGUUGGGUCUAAAACGUUAUUUGGUUUUGACACAAAUCUGAUUGGGCAAUGAGAAACAAGUUUCCGCUGUGUGUUGAGCUCAACCCUAUAUAAGGUCCUCAUCAGGAAUUUUCAGUCUGACAGCUUCUUUUUGUGAGAUGCUUAUGCAUGAAAGACUACAGAAACAUAGAAACAUUUGUUGGAGACAAGAAAUCUUGCUCUGCUUGUAGCAGGAAGUUUUCCUGCAGCCUGAUUCAGACUAGCUGGCCUACUUUGUUCCUGUGUUCAGCCAAGCUACUACACUACAGCUCACUUGAAGCAGCUGACCUGUGCCUCAGUCACAUCUUAAUGCAAAAUAAGCAGAGAUUUCAAAACACUUUCCUCCGACCCUCUUCUUCUGACUUCCUGUUGAAAAAAAUGCAUGGGCUCUUCUUUGUCCUGGUGACGUGCACAGUAGGUGCCUCUGCUUUCAGACUUCAGCAAGUCAAAAACACAGAGAACUGCUCAGAUCACACCGUGUUUUUCAAACACUUCUAUGAACUGCACGGAGAACCUGUGGUUCUGAAAUGCCCCUCCCCCAGAUACAAACAUUUGGAUUUCUCUGCCUUGACUUCUAAUAUCACAUGGUAUAAAAAUGGUUCAAACACCAUGAUAUCAGGAAGAGAUGAAGAUUCAAGAAUCUGGGCGAAAGGAAAUGCACUCUGGUUUUUACCAGUGAUGCUAGAAGACUCAGGAGUAUAUAUCUGCACAAGAAGAAACUCCUCCUACUGUGCCGAGGUCUCCAUUCACCUCACAGUUGUGAAGAAAACAGCUGCUUGGGAGAUUGCCUAUCCCCAGGUCCUCUUCACUUUCACCUCUGGAAAGAUCGUUUGUCCUGACCUGUGGGAUUUUACACCAAAUAGGACAAGCCUGGAGCUCAAGUGGUACAAGGAUGCUCAGCCUUUGGAAGAGAAUGAAAGAUUCAUCAUUCUGAAAGGUUCAGGGUCUCUGAUCAUAACACCUGUGCUACCAACAGACGCGGGGUAUUACACCUGCAAGAUGUCAUUUCCAUUUGAAGGUGUAGCAUAUGAAAUCACCAGGAGAAUUCAACUGGAGACUGUUGAGCAAGAGAAGAGAAUUAUCCCGAUAAUUGUGUAUCCAGCCCAAAAGACAACAUCAGCUGCUCUUGGCUCCAAGAUGACUCUCCCGUGCAAAGUGUUUGUUGGGCUGAGCAGCCAUUUCCAAACUGAUGUAGAAUGGCUGGCAAAUGACAGCAGCGUUGACGUGGUUUAUAAACAAAGCAGAGUUACAGAGGGGGAACGACAAGAAAUUGUAGAAAAUGGUGAGAACUUCAUUGAAGUACCACUGAUUUUUGAUUCUGUUGAAGAAGUGGACUUUUACACAGACUUCACCUGUCUGGCCCAGAACAGAUAUGGAUACCAAGAACUGCCAACAAGAGUCAAGCAGGAAGAUGUUGGUCUGUCCUGGCACAUUGCAAUGAUUCCUGUUGCACUGGCCUGUUUGAUCGUGGGAGGGAUGUGCAUGCACAAGUGGUGGAAGCGGAGAGCUGAUAAAGGAUAUACAAUACCAAAGGUGUAAAAUCUACUUGGUUCUCCAACUGUCAACAGAACAAAAAAUCACCCUGGCUAUCUCUCACAUCAGACACAGCAAGCAUUUCAGAUCUGAUAUACUGCAUUCCCAACAGGCCAAUAAUAACAGCUCUUUCCCACUUUUCUCAGUCUUCUAUGAUCUGAUGAAGUUAAGAAUAUAAGUUUGCAUUUUUAUGCUACUUAGAUGCAGGAAAUCUGGUUCUAUUAUUUUGCAACUAGGGUGCAAUCUGUAGAAUUUUGGAACACAAAGUCAUGCUCUGGAUAUGGGAAGGGUAGGGAAAGGGAGGUGCUCUCACCCUUUGUAACUCCAAUAGAUAUACUGUUUUUUCAAAAAAGGGAUAAGAAACCCCUGAAGUCUAAAACGAGAAGCUAAGGAAGCUUGCUACAGAAGGGCUAUUUGACACUAGAGGGAAAAAACUAUUUUUCUAUGCAACCACACUAAAUUUAUUUUACUUGAAUCUACAAAGAGCCAUUUGUUUUCCCUUUUCAGAGCCAAAUGCAGUUGUCACAGCAACUGUAUAUCUAUGAACUUCUCCACAGAAAAACUAAUUUUGUUCACUAUUUGGAUUACACUCUGCUUAAAUAGACUGUCUCAGAAUAUCCCUCCCUCAGAGAUAACUCCGUCUGUAUAAUAUUCUGAAGGCUUUCCUCAUAAAUAAAUGUCUUCAGGUACUACAAAAUGUAAAUAUUUUACAGAUAGAUUUGAACAGGUGACCUACAUAAUGCAAAUAUUUUACACUGAUCUGUAUCAUUAUACACAAGGGCAACAUAGUUUAUUUAAGUUUUGAAAAUGUUAUGUGGAAAAAUGGUAAACAAAUAAACCCAAACCAAAAUGCUGGUGUGUGAGUUGAGUGGGAAGACAUGUGACAUAUGAGAUGUCUCUUUGAGGAUGACAGCUCUUUUCCUAACCUGAAAAGAAGUACAGUAUUAGGAAACAUCAUAUCAAAGAUUCAGGGCUCUGCACCACAAUGUUUCUCUUUGGAAAAAUAAUGGAUGUAAUGAGGACAAGGUCACCUUGUUCCUGGGACUGUGUUGGUUUAUAGCAUUUUCCAGAGAGCUAAUCUAUCUGCAACAACUUCAGAGGCACACCUACAGAGGGGAAAAGACUGAUGUACUAUGGUCUUGGCAUGAAUUAGCAUCCAGGACAGAAGCUUUUUGUGCAAAAGUUGUUUUCAGGAAACACGAAUUGAGUUAACAACUAUUUUCUAGUUUUCAGUGUAUGUGGUCUUGAUGUUAUUUAUCCAUCUAAAUAGGCAGCAUAACUAAUUUUUGACCAGAGUAGCACUCAAACCAAACCUAAAUAUAAUGUGAAGAGCACCAAAUAAUUUCAUCUGCUGGUUCCCAAACAAAACUCUUAAAUAAAUGUGGGAGUGAGUGAAAACAAGGGCUGACCUGCACAUACAGUUGAUCUUCACCGAUCAAGACAAGAAAGUUACAUUUUUAAUUCUAGUAGCUGGGGAGGCAUGCAUACAGAAGGAUGAGUGUUUUGGAAUUGCCAGGAAUAGUGUUUUAGGUAUGAACAGCUAAUUAAAGUGUUUAUGUUUAUUUUGCCUCAAGUCUGUAAAGCAACAGGUCCAGCAGGGCAAAAAAAAGUAGAACAUAAUUGUUAUGUUUUGGAGUUGAGAACUCUCUAUCCAUAACCUUGCAGCUGUAAAGGAUAGCCUAGGGUGGCCUACCGCUCAUCCAGCCUUCACAAAGCCUAAAGGAAUACCGGUAAUCCAAGAUAGCCACUGAUGUUUCCUCUCCACUCAGUGGAGAAAGACUUCUCUCUAAAAUAAAUGGGAUGAGUUGCAUCUCAAA